AUGCCUCGAACUCUGCCAUGGCUCACUGGUAGCGAUGGAAAACGCGUGAAGAGCGAAUCGACACCGCGCCCAAAUCGCGGCCAGUCGGAGACUGCUAUCAAAAACGAAAGCAAGCCGACAGCUGACGCAAUACCUGCACCGGAGACGGAAAAGAGAGAUUUCUUCAGAUCCUCGCAAACCCCUCCCACGUCCCCCAUCCAACGAUGCCCAUCCGAAGAAUUUCUCCUAGAAGGAUUAGACCACGAUGAUAUAUAUAUAAUGGUUGAAGAUGAGUUCUACACAGUGGCCCAGUCCUUCACGCAACACCUCCACUAUGCAGAAUAUGUUCGGAGGAAGAAAGAAGCCAAACUGCAGAAUGCAGACGCGAUCAAAAAUAUAGAACGGCCUACGGAUGGAGUCACAGCUAUGACGCAAGAAACCAUAUCAAGGAAAGAAGCCGAGGCACUCAAAGCUCGUCAGAAGGCUGAUUUGGAGCACAUACAUGGCAAACGACCACGGACGGAUUCCGAAAACGAAGAGAUUGCGGGCAACGAAGACGAGGAUGAUGAUUCCAUGUGGCUUGGGACACAUCUUCAUGAUCUUAUGAUGAGUCCCCGUAAGACUCGCUCGCUGGUUGGACUUCAGGGAAUCAAAUCUGCCACUCGAGCCGCCGCGGGGUAUGUUCAGCCGUCUGGCCCUGCAGCAGCUCUGUCCGACCUGCCAGCUCGCUCCGUCUCACACCGGAAUGAUUUGGACCGAAUCCAUACGGACGUUGAGGCUGAAACCGACGCGGAUGACGACCUUAACAUUCAACAUGUUAAGACGGUGCCAAGAGCGAUACUUCCCCCGAAGUCUACCUCUGUACGUCGAUCGACGACUGCCUACACGCAAAGCACACCCAGCCAUUCGGGUCAUGGCUCAAAAAUUUCGACGCCAGCCCCUGGCCCAACUCCUAGCAAGACCCUGGGAACGAAAAAGUCGCGGCUUCAAGAUGUGCCGACAUUUCUGUGA